CUGCUGCCGACAGACAACAUGCUGCCUGCUGUUGUGAAGCUCUGCUGUGGAAUCUCCUACCCUCAUCUCAGGAGUAUGGCAGGACUUCAGCGCACAGCUGUGGCAGUGAUAGGCCAGGAGAUCACGCACCUGCAGCGAUGGGGUCAAAUCCAGCAUCACAUGAGGCCACAGGCUGGUUUAAAGUAUACCGAGGCCAAACCAGAACCAGAAAAUAUAAAGCCAGCGCAAGGAAAAGAAGAUGAGAUGUUCUAUGUGCAACAAGGCCAGGAAGCAAUGAGGAAGGCUCUCAGCAUGUUGGAGGACAGAGACGGAUGGGAGGUCGAGAUCACAGAGAGCAACGGCGAUGUGAUACACAGCAAAGAGAUGCCGGGGGCCAAGAAGGUCUUGAGACUGGAGGCGGUCCUCGAGGCCAGCGUGGACGAGCUCUACGACCUUCUGUUUGUCAGAGUUGAGGAAAUGCACAAGUGGAACCCGAGCAUACAGCACAUCAAAGUUCUGAAACACAUUGGGCAAGAAACAAUUGUCACUCACGAGAUUUCAGCUGAGGGAGCGGGAACUCUGAUUGGUCAAAGGGACUUCCUGAGUGUCAGACACAGCUGCAAACAAAAGUCCAGGGUUUACCUCGGAGGAGUAGCAGUUCAGCUGGAGUCCUUCCCCCCUCAGGCAGGCUUUGUGAGAGCCGAGGACGGGCCAACCUGCAUCGUCAUACAAGCUCUAGAGGAGGAUGCAACAAAAAGUCGUUUCACGUGGCUUCUGAACAUGGACUUAAAGGGCUGGCUGCCAAAGUACAUCGUCAAUAAGGCUUUGCCUCGGGCACAGCUGGAUUUCACCAAACACCUCCGCAGACGUCUGAGCCUGCGCUGAGUCCCUUUGCUGUGACAUCCUCGCACCGGAGCAACGGCUCGUCAUCGCUCACGGAGGAAGAGACCGGGAGAAGAAAAAAAUAAAAAAACGCUAACGAAGCGCUGCUCGGAGGAGGGGGCUCGUCUCAGGAAGAGGCCGGCGCCACACCAGCCUGGAGGAAGGAAGCGGCGCUCGCAAUAGGAAUUAAUGUCACAUUGUGCCACUCAAACCUCAUUAGGAUUUCCUGAUUAUGUGUCAUCACUGGUGAACGACUCUCUGUGUGUGACUGGACAGAAUCAAUAAGAUGUUGUAGCGUGUGAUACGUUUUCAUCCACUGCAUUACAAAUAUAAAUAAAAUGUUAAUGGAAACACUGUAAAACAAAUGUUCCUUCUCAGUUUAUAUGCAGUGAAUCUAGAUUCGGACUAAACGCUGACCAGGCAUAACAUUAUGACCACCUUGCUAAGAUUGUGUAGGUCCGAAACACAGUUGUGACUCAUUAGAGAGUGGACAUGGGCCUCCUAAGGGGGUCCUAUGGUGUCUGGCUGCAGAAGGAUGCUAGUGGGGGUCUUUGGGUCCUAUGAGUUUCAGUUUGGGAUCUAGUGAAUUUGAAGGCCAGGUCAACACCUUGUGCUGUUCUCCAUCUUUGGUUGCUCCUUGAUGGAGUCAUUGCUACAGGGUGGGGGUGCCUGGUCUGGUCUAGGUUUGUGCUACAUGUCUAAGUAACAUCCACCUGAAUGAAUGCCAGGUCCAAAAGUUUC